AAUUUACGGUAACUUGAAGGGGCAUUCCAUUCGACUAUCGAUGGAGCAGUUCUUAUUGCCGCUGGGCCACUUAGGGAAGAAUGUGUCACCCGUCGCCGGUCAUGGGAACUGGUCGCUCGUAGCCGGCUUAGAGAGAGAGAGAGAGAGAACUCGAUUCGAGAGUGAGAUCCAAGAGAGAAGAAGUAAGGGGGCGGACGGAGACGGCCUAUGGCGGAUCUCAGUUCCACGGCGAACUUGGAUAGGUCUCUUCCAUGGUCUUGGACUUUAUAGAUCUCAGCAGUACUUCAUUUCUUCUUUUUUUUUCCACUACGACCGGUCGUUCUGUUAGGUCUAACCUCUCCGAUGAUUCUCUUUACUCGGUUGCUUUGGGGAUCCGAAUUUUGGCUGAGAUCCAGCGGUUUCCAUCAUCUUUGUUAAGCGAUGGGCGUUGGCGGAUGCUAGGGCCUCUGUGUUUCUGCUGCUCUUUGAGUACUACUGAAAAUUUUGUGGAUUUUUCGUGUGUCUUUACGGGUUCCAGUAGCUUGGAGAAGGUGUCUUCAAAUUAUUUGUCUUAGAUUAAGUGGAGGUGGAGGUGCAGGAGAUGUUGUUUGUGAUCGUGGUGUAAGGGUAUGUUGGAAUCGAUUCUAGUCCCCUCCUCCAUUUAGUUUUAAUACUGCCAAUUUUCUGAAGCACGGAUGGAGGACCUCUCUAAAUAUUCCCACAGUCCCGCCCACCUUGCUGUUGCUCGUCGAGAUCAUGUUGCCCUCCGGCGGCUGGUGUCCAACCUUCCCCGCCUCCCAAAAGCAGGCGAGGUUAAUACAGAGGAGGAAUCCAUUUCUGCUGAGCUCACAGCUGAUGCGGUAUCUUCUAUAAUUGACCGUCGGGAUGUUCCUCACCGCGAAACGCCUCUCCACCUUGCCGUACGGCUUCGUGACCCCAUCUCCGCUGAGAUUCUCAUGUCAGCUGGUGCUGACUGGUCUCUUCAAAAUGACCAAGGUUGGUCUGCUCUACAGGAAGCUGUGUGUACCCGAGAGGACACGAUAGCAAUGAUCAUUGCCAGGCACUACCAGCCCCUGGCUUGGGCUAAGUGGUGCCGCCGCCUGCCUAGGAUCAUCUGCUCCACUGGUCGGAUCCGUGAUUUUUAUAUGGAGAUCACAUUCCAUUUUGAAAGUUCGGUGAUUCCUUUCAUCGGCCGUAUUGCCCCAUCGGAUACCUAUCGGAUAUGGAAGCAGGGAUCAAACCUCAGGGCUGACAUGACUCUUGCUGGCUUUGAUGGUUUCCGAAUACAACGUUCAGACCAGACCUUCCUUUUUUUGGGUGAUGGUGCUUCAGGGGAGCCACUUAAUCCUUCAGUAUCUCAGGGCUCAUUGAUUGUGCUUGCUCAUAAGGAGAAGGAGAUAACAAAUGCACUUGAGGGAGCUGGAAACAAGCCCACAGAAGCUGAGGUAGCUCAUGAGGUUGCUAUGAUGUCACAAACUAAUAUGUACAGGCCUGGUAUUGAUGUUACACAGGCAGAGCUUGUCCCUCAUUUGAAUUGGCGAAGACAAGAGAGGACAGAAAUGGUUGGCAACUGGAAAGCAAAAGUGUAUGACAUGCUUCAUGUGAUCGUAAGUGUGAAGUCAAGAAGAGUUCCUGGUGCAAUGACUGAUGAGGAACUGUUUUCAGCAGAUAAUGAUGAAAGAGUGGCUAAUAAUGAUGAGUUUGAUGAUGUAUUAACGGCUGAGGAAAGGAUACAGCUAGAUUCCGCCCUUCGUAUGGGUAAUUCAGAGGGUUUUGAUGAGGAUGAAGUGAAUGGGAGUUCUGACUACAAUAGUAACGCUGAGAACAGUGGCCCUUCAAAGGAGAGAAAAAGCUGGUUUGGUUGGAACAAUAAAAAGGCUUCUAAAAAUAAUGCAGGUGAGGAUGCUGAGGACUCAAAGUUACCCUCUAAAUUUUCAAGAUCAGCUCAAGAGAAUGGAAAUCAUAAACACGAGUCAUCAAGGGAAGAGGUAGGGGAUGUUAAAAAGGGUAAAGAAAAGACCAAUUCUAAGAUGAAGAAAAAGAAUGGAGCCACAAGUGAGCCUAAUAAGCAUGAAAGUGAGUACAAGAAGGGGUUACGCCCAGUUCUUUGGUUGACGCCAGACUUCCCUUUGAAGACCAGUGAGCUUCUUCCAUUGCUUGACAUUUUGGCAAACAAAGUCAAAGCUAUUAGGAGGCUUAGGGAGCUUUUGGCGACCAAGCUCCCACAAGGAACAUUUCCAGUGAAGGUGGCCAUCCCAAUUGUCCCCACAAUUCGAGUUGUUGUUACAUUCACGAAAUUUGAAGAGUUGAGUCCCCCCUCUGAUGAGUUUGCAACACCACUUUCUAGUCCGACUCACCUUCAGGAUUGCAAGGCCAAGUCAUCAGAAACAUCAAGUUCAUGGUACUCAUGGGUAAGAGGCGGUCGAGGCGGGCAAUCCGGUGAUGAAAGUGAAAGCAAAAACUGGAAAGAUGAGAUUGACCCUUUCACCAUACCAUCAGAUUACACCUGGGUUGACGCGAAUGAAAGGAAGCGAAGAAUGAAGGCCAGGAAGGUCAAGAACAAGAGGGUGAUUUCUGGUAAGAAGCAGGCGUCGAGAAGUGCAGAUGGCCAACAACUCGAUGGCGUUGAGGAUUAGGUAACCCUUAUAUAUAUGCAGUGAAACGACAUAGAUGAUUUGCAUGGUUUAUAUGUAAAUCAGUGACUCAACGUCGGACAUGACAAUGCUGAUCUCCGGUGCUUACAUAUUCUUAGCUUUCUUGUGUAUUGUGGGUGUUUUGCCGUCAACACAAACUAUUUAUUCUGUGAUGUAGGUCCAAAAAGGCCGCCUUCCCCUAAUUGUUAUAUCCAUGUAGUCUUCUUCUUUAAAGAAGUUGGUGAUUCAUUUGUUUGGAAGGGAACAUGAGCUUAUAUUGUGAUUCAUUUGUUUGUUUUUCUCA